AUGCGAUGGACAUUUCCUCUUCUUUUUACAUCGUUAAUCAUCUUGACAAAGUCAUCGGCGUUAUAUCAAAAUGUCGAUACGACUCUGGAGAAAAAAUGCAAUUAUCUAAAAUCGAAAACAACUAGCUCAUAUGUUGGAAAUUCAUGUUUUGUAACAACAACAGAAAAAUAUGCUACGACGUUAGAAAAUUGGCAUAAGCUUCAUGAGCACUGCAAAGCUUUGGCUGGUUAUAGUGGUCGAAUGGCUUUCAUCCGAACAAGAGAACAAAUCGAUGCUUUACUAAAAGACAGAGUUAUUGAAAUCUUCAAUGAACCAGAAACUCCUUAUGAUGCAGGAGAAAUUUGCAAAAGUGAAGGAGGUUAUUUGCCAUCGAUACAUAAUGAUCGACAAAAUCAACAUAUUGCAAAUAUGGCUCGACAUGCUAAGAAUAUUGACUAUAGCAAAAAAAGAGGGAACUUAGAACAAUGGGGACCAUUUCUAAUAGGGCUGAAAUAUGAGAAUGGAAAAUGGAGUUGGCAAGAUGGUAGCGAGACGGACUACUAUAGAUGCGCAAGUUCAGGUUCAUCAACUGUUGUACAUACUCCUUCGAUUUACAAAUAUGUCUUUUUGCAAACAUCGACAAACGCAAAUGAAGGCGAAGCAGGUUUCGGUUACUGGUCAACAAAUUUAAAAGGAACUGAUAAAUUACCAUUUAUCUGCCAAAAAGCGCCUGACAUUAUAAUUUAA